AUGUCCGCCUAUUAUACCCAGCGGACGUUUACAAAGAGGGAGCUUCUACCGACAGCCCAUUCCAAUGGCAGCGUAAAACCAACCGAAUCCUUGAUCUUUGGCAUGACACGGAAGCAGCUGUCCUUGAUUGUCUUGGUCGUUCAAAACAGCACUCUUGUCCUCAUGAUGCGGUAUUCCAGAAUCGUGCAAAAGCCCGGCCAGCCCUUGUAUAUUGCGUCGAGUGCCGUUUUCCUUGCAGAGCUGCUCAAAAUCGUAGCUUGUUUGGCUGUCAUGUAUCAUGAACAAGGCUAUUGGCACAAGUUUGUUGUCAUGGUGCGACGAGAGAUCCUCGGCAAACCGCGUGAUACGGCAUUGAUGCUUAUUCCAUCCAGCUUAUAUGCAUUGCAAAACAACUUGUUGUAUGUGGCACUCAGUAAUCUCGAGGCAGCAACCUUCCAGGUCACCUAUCAAAUGAAGAUCUUGUCGACAGCCAUCUUUUCAAUCGUCUUGUUGGGUCGUUCACUGAACCAGGGCAAGUGGUUGGCACUUGUCCUACUCAUGAUUGGCGUCACCAUGGUACAAUCACAAAGCGUCUCUUCAGCUCCACCUCCGCUUGCCGAUGGUGCAGUACAAAGUCCUUGGAUUGGUUUGUUGGCAGUGGUGACAAGCUGUGUCUCUUCUGGAUUUGCUGGUUGCUACUUUGAAAAGAUCCUCAAAACAUCCGAAACGUCCAUGUGGGUUCGCAAUAUCCAACUUGGUAUCUCUGGUGCAUUCUUUUCGCUAUUGGGCAUGCUGGUGUAUGAUAUGGAACCUCUACGACAAGGAGGCAUGCUACAAGGUUAUGACUGGUUGACUUGGGUCGUGGUGGCAAAUCAAGCAUUGGGAGGUUUGCUUGUGGCUAUUGUGGUUAAAUAUGCUGACUCGAUCCUGAAAGGAUUUGCAACAAGUUUAUCCAUUAUUGUUUCCGGUGUAAUCAGCUUUUAUCUCUUCAACUUUCAGCCAACGAUACCAUUUAUUGUCGGCGCAAUGAUUGUUAUGGUGGCCUCAUAUCUCUAUGGCUUGGACUUUUCAAGGAAACCCAUAAAGCCGCAUUGA